GGCCCUUGGCAGCAUGGCCGCCGGCGCUGCAGCCGCCUUGGCCUUUUUGAGUCAGGAGAGCCGAGCCCGGGCCGGGGGGGUCGGCGGUCUGCGAGUCCCUGCCCCGGUCACUAUGGACAGUUUUUUCUUCGGCUGUGAGCUCUCAGGCCACACCCGCUCUUUCACCUUCAAGGUAGAGGAAGAGGAUGAUGCGGAGCACGUGCUGGCUUUGACCAUGCUCUGCCUCACCGAGGGGGCCACAGAUGAGUGUAAUGUGAUAGAAGUUGUGGCCCGGAAUCAUGACCACCAGGAGAUCGCAGUCCCUGUGGCCAACCUCAAGUUGUCCUGCCAACCCAUGCUCAGUUUGGAUGACUUCCAGCUCCAACCACCUGUAACCUUCCGCCUGAAGUCAGGUUCUGGCCCUGUGCGGAUCACUGGACGGCACCAGAUUGUUACUAUAAGCAAUGAUGUUUCUGAGGAGGAGAGCGAAGAAGAGGGCAGUGAGGAGGAGGAAGCUGAGUUGUGCCCCAUCCUGCCUGCCAAGAAGCAGGGGGGCAGGUUCUAGCCCUCCCUGGUCAGCUAGCUGCCUGCCACAUGCACCAUGCACCAGGAGUGGGAGGAACUCUGAAGUUCCAUCCUGACCCUCUCUCCCCACUUGCCUAUGAGGUUGGAGGUCAGCAUCUGAAGCUCAGGACUACACAUUUUUAACAUUUUUUACAUUUUUGGAUAAAGGUUGAAAUAAAGUGGUGUGGAGUUUUUUCUGAAA